AUGUCUUCGGUCCCUGACGCCAGAUACACCGGCAGGAUGGGAGAAGGUCUCACCGAGGCUCAACUUUACGAGCUCGCAAAGACGUACGCCGGAAGAAUGGCGCAAGGAGCCGACGUCGGGCCUCUCCGCGACAUGCCACAUGCGGAACUGCUGGCUAUCGGCAUGCAGGUCGAGGGCGAUCCGCUUGAUCAGCUCGAUGCUCUCAUCAAGCGACUGGGCUUCUACCCGCACCAACAAGAGCAGGUCAAAAAGGUCCUCGAGGUAGCUUUCCACACCUUCCUGGCAAUGCAACUGGUUUCGAGCGGUACCACCUGGCCAGCAACCUUCGACUCGUUUGAUCACGAAAACCUGACUAAAGCUAUGUCGGUCCUAGAUGCGCAUCCGCUGAUGCACAACCUGAUGCAUCCUCCGGCCUCCUUCUAUGAAGGUAUGGCGGACGUACUCAAGAAGGACCCGCAUCUGCCCAGCGAAGCGGUCUUGGAGACGGUCAGGCAGGGUGUCAGAGUGCGUGAAGAAGGUAUGCACCAAACCCUUGUCAAAAAGGCCUUGUCGAUGGCCAUACAACUUCAGUACACGACUGCUUCUCAAACGUGGCUCUCGGUGGAGAGUCAGCGAAAUGCCACCCACCGAAGCCAGUGGGAGCAGCUGCGUGGAAUGACGAGGAUCUAG